AUGUCCAAGACAUUCACCACUGCCGAUGUGGCUAAACACACCGCCACCGCCAGUGAUGGCAUGUACAUCAUCAUCGACGGGUCCGUCUAUGAUGUGACCAACUUUGUGGAUGAGCACCCUGGCGGAGCAAAGAUUCUGAAACGAGUCUGUGGGAAAGAUGCCUCAAAGCAGUUCUGGAAGUACCACAACGAAAACGUCCUCAAGAAAUAUGGCGCUAAAUUGAAGAUCGGCUCGAUUGGCGAAAAGGCCAAGCUGUGA